GUUUUAAUACGAAAAAUAACGUAUUUAACUGGAGCGACGUAUUCCGGUGGUUAAAUAUUUUCCGAUUUCUACAAGGGCGUCGGGAGGUGCGAAACACGCGAUGAUGCAGCGACCGGCGGCGAAUGGUGGUGACUGUGGCGACAACAACGUCGCCGACUGCGAUUGGCCGAUUAGCGAAAACGUGUUGCGAUCGCUGUCCGAAGACGUACGGCCAACGCCCGUGGCCGCCCAGGAGGACGGUGACGACGCGGUGGCCUCCGACGUCCGACUGUGUUUAACCGAACCGGUUGCGCCGGCGGCCGAGACGAUGCGGCGGCUACGGCUGCGACCGCUACUCCUGCGCCGGCGGUGGCCAGAGAACGAUGGCGUUACGGCCGCAGCGGCCGAGUCCAGACCACAAGUGCGUCUGAUGUCCGUGCCGUCGGCGUACCCGGCGGACGGCGAGUACUACGCGCCCGAAGCGGCGUACCUGUCGCGAACGGUGGAAGAACUGUCGUCGGGACCGUGGACGGAACGAGAACCGCCGGUCAACCGGUACGUGUACACCGCCGGCACCGUGCACUACGACCGCGAGACGGGCGCGUGCCACCUCCACGGGUUCGCCGACCCGCGGGCCCGGAUAUCCGUCGAUUGCGCGCUGCUGACGGCCGUCCUGCCCCGGCACCGGGCCACCGUCAAGAUGUACUCCACGCUCCGGCCGCCGCCCGCCGACGACCCUGGCCCACCCGCUCUGGUGCCGCACCAUUUCCAAGAGUUCUCGCGCACCGCCCUGUUCCGCUGACGUGCGCAAUAUUAUCGUGACGACGCGGGAACCCGUGGUGUUGUGUUCCGGUCCGCGAACUUGCGUUUAUACUAUCACCACGUCGUGUUAUAUUCCUCAUUAAUAUUAUUUUUUUGCCAUUGAAAAUACUUACUACGAAAUAAUAUA